AUGAUGAAUCCAUCAGCCGCAGGCCGCACGCUUCCAAGAGCUCUAAGAGCUACUCGGCUUUUCAAUCAGCAUACAAGCUUGUCUACAAUUACCGGGAGUCAUCGAAUCCAGGCCUCCUUAUCGCCAUCAUGUCCGGCAACAUACAGGGCGCUGCAUACUACCCGAUCGCAAAAGUCACAAUCUGUCCCAGCCUCCAAUGCCGCUGCGAGGGACUCGUCUAACCCCGCCAUGUCCUUUCCGUGUCUCGAUGCGCAGGAUGCAAAGUCUGCCCAGCUCUCCGCACGAUCUCUCCAGUCAGGCCCCGAACCUUCAUAUACCACUGGUCACCACCAAAAGUUCCACUGCGAACAACCGUUACUGCUUGAUUGGGGAGGUAUACUUCCAGAGUUUGACAUCGCCUACGAAUCCUGGGGCCAAUUGAACUCUGACAAGUCGAAUGCUAUCUUACUGCACACGGGUCUGUCGGCAUCCAGUCACGCCCAUAGCACGGAUGCCAACCCCAAGCCCGGCUGGUGGGAGAAGUUCAUCGGACCCGGCAAGCCUUUAGAUACAGAUAAAUACUUUGUCAUCUGCACCAAUGUUGUUGGUGGAUGCUAUGGUAGUACUGGGCCUUCGUCAAUUGACCCCUCUGAUGGAAAGCGAUACGCUACUCGGUUCCCUAUUCUUACGAUAGACGACAUGGUGCGGGCACAGUUUCGUCUCCUGGACUCCCUUGGCAUUAGCAAGCUUUACGCCUCUGUUGGAUCUAGCAUGGGUGGUAUGCAGAGUCUUGCUGCCGGUGUUCUUUUCCCUGAGAAGGUUGGCAAGAUUAUCAGUAUCAGUGGUUGUGCGCGAAGCCAUCCCUACAGCAUUGCCAUGCGGCACACUCAGCGACAAGUCCUAAUGAUGGACCCGAAAUGGGCCCGUGGUUUCUACUAUGAUUCCAUCCCUCCACAUUCUGGAAUGAAACUUGCGAGAGAAAUCGCAACCGUGACAUACAGAAGCGGUCCGGAGUGGGAAAUGCGGUUCGGACGCAAACGCGCAGAUCCUAACAAGCAACCUGCUCUGUGCCCGGAUUUCCUGAUUGAGACCUACCUGGAUCACGCAGGAGAGAAGUUCUGCCUGGAAUAUGAUCCUAAUAGUCUUCUAUACAUCUCCAAGGCCAUGGAUCUGUUUGAUCUCGGUCAUGCUCAUCAAACCCAGACGAAAGCUCGAAGAGCCGAAUUUGAGGCUAAAAUUGCUGAUGGCGGAAAGGCCCUGCGCGAGAGCAACAUUGCAUGCAGUCUGACUCUCCCAGAGGCACCGUACGAGGAGCAGCCCUCUGUAACCGCAUCCGCUCCUGCUAUGGACCAGGCUGUGGGUGGCGGGGAUCUUGGAACAGAUGCGCCCCCGCAGGAUCUUGUCGCCGGCCUUGCGCCGCUCAAGAACCACCCGGUCUUGGUCAUGGGCGUUGCCAGUGAUAUCCUUUUUCCGGCUUGGCAGCAGCGAGAAAUCGCCCAGACCCUUCGGGCUACCGGAAACAAGAACGUCGAGCACAUUGAACUUGGAGAGGACGUUUCGCUCUUCGGACAUGACACGUUCCUCUUGGAUCUGAAGAACAUCGGCGUUAGUCUCCUGUGGAUUUACCUAAUGGCGUGGCUGUCCCGAAGCGGUAAGGUCCCACUUCCUCAGGGUUCAAAAUGUUCCGAGCCGCUUCAACCAAUGACGAUGUCCGAAUUCCUGGGUUGGGAUGCCGAAAACGCCGACUCCCUCUUGAGCGGAGCGCAUCUUCCGGCGCGGUCCCAGGAGACCUACGGCUUCCACAUCCCCAACUGUUCCUCUCCCCUCUCUUCGGUGCUGCUUGUCGUGGCUGUCCUUGGAUGGCCUAUCUCUUAUCUUGGAAUUGAUGCUUCCCCACGUCUAAUGGAGCUGUUACUUUCCCGGACAACCCGCACGACAGCUCCACGGGACCUGGCAUUUGCGCUCGGCGAAGCCCCUCCGUUUUCGCUCUUCUUGGACCAGCUACGACUUAGUCUAUUCAAUUGCAACACUUCUCUCAUGGUAUCCGCUACUAAUGGGGGCCCAGGGCUUGAAAGCCCGACCCUGUCCGACUCGCGAAACACAGGUCCGGCCUUGUCGUCACGAUCUCCGGAACGCAAUGAACAUCGGAAACCACAAGUACCAAAAGCAUUGGCUGGGGGUAGUGCACAAGAUAAAUAUAUCCAAGGCUUGGAAAGUGAAUUCAAAUUAAAGCAUCUAGGAUUCCUUCUAACUCGAAUGGUGUUGGAGAACAAGUCGUCCUGCGACGUACUCCCUUUCGACGAGGCAGCGACUGUAGGCAAGAAAGUCGAUGGGUGUUGGCACCAGAAGUCGUUCGACAAGGCCGUUGUGAUCAUCGUCGAUGCCCUGCGCUACGAUUUUACGGUACCCUUUGCGCCGAGCGCAGAGGGUGAGUCGGCACAACUGUUCCAUGAUCGCCUUCCCGUCCUGUAUGAGACAGCUGUCAAUACCCCCGAAAAUGCCUUUUUGCUUCCUUUCAUCGCGGAUCCGCCCACGACGACACUGCAGAGGCUGAAGGGACUCACGACCGGAACACUACCCACGUUCAUUGACGCUGGUUCUAACUUUGCUGGGACGGCAAUUGAUGAAGACAAUUUAGUUGCGCAAUUGCGCGCCGCAGGCAAGACUCUGGUUCAGCUUGGGGAUGACACCUGGCACGCACUUUUCCCCGGCUACUUCGAUCCUAAUCUAACUCGCGCAUUUGAUUCAUUCAAUGUCUGGGACUUGCAUACCGUUGACAACGGCGUGACUACAAACCUCCUCCCGCUUCUACAUCCUGAAAAUUCUACGAAAUGGGAUGUUAUCUUCGGUCACUAUCUUGGUGUCGAUCACGCCGGCCACCGAUAUGGCCCGAAUCAUCAAGCUAUGGCUGCAAAACUCGAUGAGAUGGAUCGGGUCAUCCGUGAAAUCAUCACCAAACUUGACGACAAAACGCUGUUGGUGGUGAUGGGUGAUCAUGGCAUGGACUCCAAGGGUGACCACGGCGGUGAAUCUAAUGAUGAAGUCGAUGCCGCUCUAUGGAUGUACUCUAAAAGGGGCAUCUUCGGCCGUACAAGUGCUGAAACAGCCAGGCCUCCCAUGCUCGCUCGCGAGCGCUUUGUGCCUCAGAUCGACCUUGUGCCCACGCUGUCUCUUCUUCUCGGAAUGCCUAUUCCUUUCAACAACCUCGGCUCGCCGAUCGAGGAGGCUUUCAUUGGGCCCAAGGGGAACGAUUGGAAGAACGUGAUGUCGGUCAACCGGUUGACUUCCGCUCAGAUUAAGAGGUAUCAACGGGAGUACACAGCAUCGCGAGGUAUUGAGGACAGCCACCAAUCCCAGUCCGAGGACCUCUGGAGGGCGGCGGAAAAUAGCUGGCAGAAGCUUCCGAGGAUCGGCCGGCCCAGCCAGGCAACUUUGCUUUCCAUUUCCGAGUCCUACAAGGAAUACCAGAGACACACUCUCCAGCUUUGUCGUUCUUUGUGGGCUAAAUUUGACGUACCGAGCAUGCUCCAAGGUGUUGCAGUCCUUUUUGCUGGCAUUGUCUUGCUGGUGUUCUAUGCACGAAGCCUCAAAGCCGAUCAGACCGAUAUUACCAAGCCUCUUCUUACCCUUGUUGGAGCAGGCUCUGCUGUCGGUGUUGUCGUGGGUGCCUUUCUGUCGUUCUCGGGCGUAGCGGAGAUGCCAGUCGCCGAAUCAUCUGCUCUGUUGGCCGCCGUGGGAAGCAUAGUUGGCGCGUCAUGGACCAUUUUUGGCGGGUCAGCCGGUGUGUCAGUGCCUCUACCAAGCAGUCUGUGGGGCUGGUUGGCUGUUACCUUCACGAUCACGCAGUCUAUCGGAUUCGCCUCCAACUCCUAUACAAUCUGGGAGGAUGAGAUUCUCCUAUUUUUCCUCUCCACCUUCGGUGUUCUUGCUGGUGUAUCCUCGAUGCGACAGAAAUCGACCGCCGACAGGGUUCUGGGCGUCUAUCACUCCAUCCUCUUCGUCAUCCUCGGAAGAAUCGCGUCCUCUUCUCGCCUUUGUCGCGAGGAGCAGAUGCCUUUCUGCCGUUCGACCUAUUACGCGUCUGCCACUUCUUCGACUUCUGCACCCUGGCAGCUUGCUGUACCAUUCCUGGUGGCGCUUAUCCUUCCCACUGUUGUACGGUCAUUUUAUGCCGGAUCCAAGUCCUACGAAGGUGCCGCUACUCUCUGGAUUGGCUUGGGUUUCCGAUUGGGGCUGUUCAUAACCUCCGUCUUUUGGGUGCUUGAGGGGGCUGAUGAUGGCGAGUGGCUGCCCUUGAGCAAGGAGACUUUGAAGUCAGUUAGAGUGUUCUUGGCUCAGCUCGUGCUAGCUCUCGCAUUUGCUGCGGGGACAACAGCAUUCAUCUAUUCUAAGCCUUGCAUUAGCAUUAAUGUCAGCCAAGGGAAUGCGGAACCGGAAAGCAAAGGCAAGAACCUGGCGCCACCCCAGCCAGCAGGACGCACCACCGUUACGAUCCUCGGGUUUGGCAACGUGCAUGGGACUCGGUACUUCCUCCUCGUUGUUAAUUUCUGUUUGGGAAUCAUCCUUCUGCAGAAACCCAUGGGUCAGGGUGCCAUGGGACUUUUGCUUUGGCAAAUUCUCUCACUGCUAGAGAUUCUGGAUACGAAUGGUCUGGUCCUUGGCAAUUCAGCCAUUGGGCCGAUUGUUUUGGCUCUUCUCGGCUCCUUCUACUACUUCAAAACUGGUCAUCAGGCUACUCUGAGUAGCAUCCAGUGGGAGACUGCCUUUAUCCCUCUCUCCUCCGUUCAAUACCCAUGGUCCCCCAUCGUCGUAAUCCUCAAUACAUUUGGCGCACAGAUUCUUACUGCAAUUGCCGUCCCUCUCACCGUCCUCUGGAAACGCCCUCUUCAACUCAGCGAUCAGUCAUCCUCCUCCCCGAAGUCCAGCAACCCUUCGAUUAGACUCCUCUCUGACGUUGUGCGAGCCGCGUGCACCUACAUCCUCUACUUUGCGACUAUUAACCUGGCCACUACCAUGUGGGCUGGCCAUCUCCGCCGGCAUCUCAUGCUGUACCGGAUCUUCAGCCCUCGGUUCAUGAUGGGAGCCACCGUGCUAGGAGUCGUGGACAUUGUUCUCAUCAUUUUCUCUGUGGCUGGUGUGCGGUGGAGCACAUUGAGUGUAGGAGAGAUCUUUGGGUGGUAG